AUGGAGUCCUUGGCCUUCUCCCGUCGCCCGGGCCCGGCUCCCUUGACCGCCACCCCCCUGGCCACGGAGCUCGCCCGGCCCCUGGGCGACAGGCUCAUCAAGUCGCCCAAGCCCCUGAUGAAAAAGCAGGCGGUGAAGCGACACCACCACAAGCAUAACCUGCGGCACCGCUACGAGUUCCUGGAGACCCUGGGCAAGGGCACCUACGGGAAGGUGAAGAAGGCGCGCGAGAGCUCGGGGCGCCUGGUGGCCAUCAAGUCAAUCCGAAAAGACAAAAUCAAAGAUGAGCAAGACCUAAUGCACAUACGGCGGGAGAUUGAGAUCAUGUCGUCACUCAACCACCCCCACAUCAUUGCCAUCCAUGAAGUGUUUGAGAACAGCAGCAAGAUUGUGAUUGUCAUGGAGUACGCCAGCCAGGGAGACCUGUAUGACUACAUCAGUGAGCGGCAGCGGCUAAGCGAACGGGAAGCCCGGCAUUUCUUCCGGCAGAUAGUCUCUGCCGUGCACUACUGCCACCAGAAUGGGAUUGUCCACCGAGAUCUCAAGCUGGAGAACAUCCUCUUAGAUGCCAAUGGAAAUAUCAAGAUCGCCGACUUUGGCCUCUCUAACCUCUACCACCAAGGCAAGUUCUUGCAAACAUUCUGUGGGAGCCCCCUCUAUGCAUCACCCGAGAUCGUCAACGGGAAACCUUACAUGGGUCCAGAGGUGGACAGCUGGUCUCUGGGUGUUCUCCUCUACAUCCUGGUUCAUGGCACCAUGCCCUUCGACGGGCAGGAUCACAAGACGCUGGUGAAGCAGAUCAGCAGUGGGGCAUACUGCGAGCCGCCCAAACCCUCUGACGCCUGUGGCCUGAUCCGGUGGCUAUUGAUGGUGAACCCCACCCGCCGGGCCACCCUGGAGGAUGUGGCCAGUCACUGGUGGGUCAACUGGGGCUACACCACCUGUGUGGGGGAACUGGAUGCUGUGCGCGAGGGUGGACACAAUGGCAGUGACUCUGCCCGAGCCUCCAUGGCUGACUGGCUCCGCCGAUCCUCCCGCCCACUCCUGGAGAACGGGGCCAAGGUGUGCAGCUUCCUCAGGCAGCAUGCGCCAGGUGGUGGAGGAGGCAGCAGCAGUGGUGGUGGCGGCGGCGGCAGUGGCAGCACACUCAGCCUGGAGCGCCAGCACUCACUCAAGAAGUCCCGCAAGGAGAAUGACAUGGCCCAGUCUCUUCAAGGUGACCUAGCUGAGGAUGUCUCCCCUCGUCCUGGGAAGGGCAGCCUCAAGCUGCCAAAGGGCAUCCUCAAAAAGAGGGUGUCAAACUCCUCAGAGGGGCCACAGGCACUUACGCAGGAGCCCAGCCCAGUUCCUGAGGGCACGGGACAGACCGUCCCCCUGGUCCCCAAGAAGGGCAUCCUCAAGAAGUCUCAGCAGCGGGAGUCAGGCUACUACUCCUCUCCGGAGCCCAGCGAGUCUGGGGAGCUCCUGGAUGCAGGCGACGUGUUUGUGAGUGGAGAACAGGAGCGGCAGAAGCCGCCACAGGCCCCAGGGUUGCUCUUUCAUCGCAAGGGCAUCCUCAAAGUCAACGGCAAAUUCUCAAGAACAGCCUUGGAGCUCACAGCCCCCACCACCUUUGGUUCCCUGGACCAACUGGCCAACCCUCACCCCGCAGCCCGGGUCAGCCGCCCCUCCCCAUCAGGGGCUGUGAGUGAGGACAGCAUCCUGUCCUCUGAGUCCUUCGACCAGCUGGACUUGCCCGAAAGGCUCCCUGAGCCCCCUCUUCGGGGCUGUGUGUCUGUGGACAACCUCACUGAGCUUGAGGAACCCCUUACACAGGGCUCUGGCAGCCGCCUGAGGCGCUGGCAGCAAGACCCCCUGAGCAAUAGCUGCUUCUCCCUGACAGACUGCCAGGAGGUAACAGAGGACUACCGCCAGUCCCUGCGGGUCUGCUCAAAGCUCAGCUGACGGUUACGGGGCAUUGGCCCAGCCUGGGCAGGCUCUAAAACGCAGCUGGCUGCACCUCGUGGGCCUAAUGGCUUCUCCCGGGACCAGCAUCCCAGCUGCGAAGGCUGAGCAUCUGCCGCGGAGGCCUGGAUGGGAGAGCGGGUGAAUGAAGUGCCACAAGGGUUCCGUGUCUUACACCUGGUCAAACCAGGAACGUGGUGGAAGAAUGGGAAGGCGACGGCACAGUCCCUUGUCUUGUAUCUGUGGAGGGGCCGCCAAGACCUGGAAAGAGCUCUCCAUCCAGGUCUGUAUUGCCUUGAGUUUCGCUCCUGGUGCCUUCUGAGCAUAGCCCCAGCCAGGCUCGUCCCUGCCGAAGUGGGGAAGGACCGUCUUCACACAGUUCCAUCCCAUCAACCACUGGAGCAGGGAGUGACCUGCAGGGACCCUCCCUGGUGCAUCUUAGGAGUAAAAACGGCCUCUGCUUCCUCAGAGGUUCUCUUUCCCAUCCUCCACGCCAAGCUCCAGGUUCCUGAAGUCGCUGCUUGUGAAUCUAAGACUUGAAAAGGCUCAGGCCUCUGUGUGGCCUCACCUCAGGAGUCAGAGUUUCUCUGGACCCCACCUUGCACCUCAAAGACUGAAACUUCUGCCUCUAAGCUGCUCCUGAAGUCUGGACUGUGGAUGUGUCUGUUUCUCUGGGCUUCCAGGACCUUAGGAUGUCCUUAUUUAUUUUUAAAUAGUUUAUGUUCUCAACUCUGUGUUGUUUUGUUUUUUUUUUUAAAGUGAAUCUUGUUGCUUUAAAUAAUGUGAAUGCUAUGUUCUGGUGGAGAUGCAUCCACUAUGACAGCUAAGUUCCUGUACUGGGAAGUAUUUUUACAGGGAUAUCCCACUGAUCAGGGGAGGGGAGUAUUUUACAAGCCCACAUGUUCCUUGCACUGUCUGGAAAUGGAUUGCUGGCUCCCCUAUGCCGCACCCUGAUACUGUCUGCCCUCCUUUGUGCCCAGAAAAAAACACUCCAUUAAAACCGGAAUAGUGAUUUGAGAACUA